UCGUGUAUCCGUGAGCCCCGUGACAGUAUCUCUUGGGUCCCUUACCAUGGCUGUCGAUUUCACAGCCACGUACAAAGUGUUAGUCAUAGGCGAUGUGAAUGUAGGAAAGACUUGCCUGGUGCAUAGAUUUUGCGACGAGAGGUAUUAUGACACGUAUAUAUCCACAGUUGGAAUUGACUUCAAACAAAAAAUAGUCAAUUUGGAUGGAGUACCGAUUAAGUUACAGAUAUGGGACACGGCCGGGGAGGAACGCUUCAGGACGCUCACCACUGCCUACUACAGGGGCGCGCAGGGCAUAGUCUUAGUCUACGACGUGACCAACCUGGAUUCCUUCAACCAUCUCUCCUACUGGCUGAGAAACAUCGAAGAGAAUGCGUCCCCGGAGGUGGUGAAGGUGCUGGCCGGGAACAAGUGUGAGGUGACCAACCAGCAGCGAGCCGUGGACAAGGAAAGAGGGUUAAAGUUGGCGGAGAGCUUCGACAUGCCGUUCUAUGAGGUCUCGUGUCGGGGGGACAUGAUGGUCCAGGACACCUUCCUCACGCUGGCCAGGCUCAUACGGGACCUCCGGCAGAGAAGGGCUAGCUUGUUUGAGGAACGGGAGCGGCGGAACGAGGAGUCUGUCAAGCUGGAGGCCGAGCAGAAGAGUGAGGGAGGGUUUGCUUGCUCCUCCUGCUGAGACGACCACAGUGAUCCACGUUCAUCCUCCACCCCUGCUGUCCUCCACAACAUCGCGCGUGUAGUGCUGCUUCAGCCAAGGUAAAGAGAAUGGUCGGCCGUGUACGCCAGCCGUCUACUCUACCAUAACUUCCUUACGCGUGACCAAAGUCUAUAUACACCGAGUCAAGCCACGCGCAGGUUUGUGGGAGGAGACACGGCCGAGGAGGCGUGGUUUAUGCGUGACGUUGCUUGGAGCCAAACUAGAGAAUGUAGAAACAGGGAUUUAGAGAAAACGAGGAAAGGCGGACUAAUUUAAAUCAAUCACUUCAACAUGCCCUCCCUCACACCCCACACCGCCGUUUGUAGGCAUUGGAAUUACAGUCACGCAAUAGCACAAUAAAAAGACAUAUUUUUCCGUCAGUGGCUUGCCUGUACGCGCUGUGAAAGAAGGCGAGAAUGUACAUCCAGAGUGCACACACGGCCCCAACUUCAGUCACCCCUGAACUGGCGGGUAUUUUCUGUUUUGGUCCAAGUGACGUCAUCCCGCUGCUCCGCCCCCAAAACCGCCUCCUGCGCGUACCGGUCGGAGUUCUGAAGCAGUGACUUGACUUGGUAUAUAUAGACUUAGAUGAUAUAUGUGUGCUUGGCAUCGGCGGCCCUCUCGGCGACACUCAUUGGACACGAGAAGAAAACGGUCUCCCUUUGUAUCAUUCACUCUUUAUAAACAAAACAAAACAACAACAAAAACUCACUCUGAACUACUCUGCCUCCCCCACCCACUGAGACACCUGUAUACUGAAUAAAAGAUACCGUUA